UACACACCAGAACUUUCCAUGAACUAUUUGGUCGUACCAUCUGAGGUGGAGGUGAAUGAAGAACCAGCAAAUGAAGAUAUGAAUGAAUCAGUGGAAGCUGACUUGAAGCACUCACAGGUAGAAGAGGAACGACAGUCUGUGAUCUGCUAUUCAAGGCACAGAGACGGCAACCAAGGGGUACAAUCUAGACAGGAAGAGGCUCGAUCAGCCAGCACUGAGAGUGAUUUCCACAGUCACAUGGACAUGAUGGAAGGGGAUGUUAUAGCCACAGCAGAGAAUGGCUACAAUGUUGAUAUAGUACAGGUGAAUGAGGAUGAGAGUACAUAUGAAGUGCAAUACAGGCCUGAGUCUGAAGAGUACACAGAACAUGCUGAAGCAGAGCAUGCUGAGGCUGUUCAUAAUCAAAUGCUGCCUGAUCAUGCCUGUUUCCACUUCACUGAACAUGAGGAAACCACGAAUGCAGUAUACUCAGGUUAUGUCUACGCUCACCAGCCCCUCCGCCAAGGAGAGGAUGAGCAGUAUGAUGAGCCCUAUGCUGACUACAGGAAGCAGGAGCAUGUGUAUGAGGAGAUAGGGGAUGUGCUGGACCUUGAUGUUAGGGAGGGGCUUCAGAUCUAUGAGUGGGAAAGGGAGGAAACUGACAACUAUCACAAGGAAGCUCUUGGUGCCCGCCUUCACUAUUAUGAUGAACGAUCUGAUGGAGAGUCAGACAGCCCUGAGAAAGAGGCAGAGUUUGCUCCAUAUCCAAGAAUGGACAGUUAUGAACAAGAGGAAGAUAUUGAUCAGAUUGUGGCAGAGAUGAAACAGAGUAUGAGCUCUCAGAGCUUGGGCAAGGCUGCUGAAGACAUGCUAGAGGCAGAGCAGACCUUGGAGCAGGCUCAUGCUCUCUCUGGCAGAGGGCACCAAAGCAAUGGUCAACUGUCAGCUGGCUCUAGGGCCUCAACCAACUCAGGAGUGUCAGUACAGCAGAGCAGAAAGGAAAAAAGGGAUGCAAUAUCACUGGCCAUCAAAGAUAUUAAAGAAGCUAUUGAAGAAGUGAAGACACGGACUGUUCGUUCUCCUUAUACCCCCGAUGAACCAAAAGAACCUAUCUGGGUGAUGAGGCAGGACAUUAGUCCAACCAGGAACUGUGAUGAUCAGAGGCCACUAGAUGGAUAUUCUCUAUCUCCUGAUUGCUCUUCACCCUGGGGUGCUGAACCAAGUAGGCAACAUCAUCAGGAUGUCUGGAGUACAGCAGAGACCUCCACUAAUAAAGAGUCCAGAAAAAGAUUGGCUUCGUUCCCAACAUAUGUUGAAGUUCCUGGAUCUUGUGAUCCUGAAGACUUGAUUGAUGGAAUAAUUUUUGCUGCCAAUUACCUCGGCUACACUCAAGUCCUUUCUGACAAAACUCCCUCCAAGAAUGUGAGGAUGAUGCAGGCACAGGAGGCUGUCAGCAGAAUCAAGAUGGCCCAGAAAUUAGCCAAAGGCAGGAAGAAGGCUCCAGAAGGUGAAUCUCAACCUGUGACUGAAGUGGACCUCUUCAUUUCUACACAGAGAAUAAAAGUAUUGAAUGCAGACACACAGGAAACUAUGAUGGAUCAUCCUCUGAGCACCAUUUCUUACAUUGCAGAUAUAGGGAAUAUAGUUGUCAUGAUGACUCGCAGACGAAUGCCACGAUCAAAUUCCCAGGACAGUGUGGAAGCAUCUCAUGCCUCAGAAGAUGGAAAAAGGCCAUACAAAAUGAUUUGCCACAUCUUUGAGUCUGAGGAUGCACAGCUGAUUGCACAGUCUAUAGGUCAAGCAUUUAGCGUGGCCUACCAGGAAUUUCUGAGGGCAAAUGGAAUCAAUCCAGAUGAUCUAAGCCAGAAGGAAUAUAAUGACUUGCUCAAUACCCAGGACAUGUACAAUGAUGACCUGAUUCAUUUUUCCAAAUCUGAAAACUGUAAAGAUGUUUACAUUGAAAAGCAAAAGGGAGAAAUUCUAGGUGUAGUGAUUGUGGAAUCUGGCUGGGGAUCCAUUUUGCCUACAGUUAUCAUAGCCAACAUGAUGCAUGGAGGACCAGCAGAGAAGUCUGGGAAACUAAAUAUAGGGGACCAGAUCAUGUCAAUUAAUGGGACCAGUUUGGUUGGCUUACCACUCUCAACAUGCCAGAGCAUUAUAAAGGGUUUGAAAAACCAAGACCAAGUUAAACUGAAUGUAGUUAGAUGCCCUCCAGUAACCACAGUCUUGAUCAAGAGACCUGACCUCAGAUACCAGUUAGGCUUCAGUGUACAGAAUGGGAUAAUUUGUAGCCUUAUGAGAGGAGGUAUAGCAGAGCGAGGAGGAGUGCGAGUUGGCCAUCGUAUCAUUGAAAUCAAUGGGCAGAGCAUUGUAGCAACACCUCAUGAGAAAAUUGUUCACAUUCUCUCAAAUGCUGUUGGUGAGAUUCAUAUGAAGACCAUGCCAGCUGCUAUGUACAGACUGUUGACUGCGCAAGAGCAACCAGUUUAUAUCUAA